ACUUCUGUUCCGCCUCCAUCCGGUUCACAUCACUUCCCCGGACUAUUCCCCUGCUCGAGCCUGACAUGGUGUGUGUGUCUCGGGAUCUAGCUGUGCUCACAGCCGGCGUCCUUCUGCUGGUACUGGGGACCUUCCUGGUGUCGGCGGAGGAAGGACUAGGCCGGGGUUUCGGGGAUCACAUUCACUGGAGAACACUUGAAGAUGGAAAACUUGAGGCUGCAAACAGUGGGUUACCAAUCCUGGUUCUGAUCCAUAAGACCUGGUGUGGAGCUUGUAAAGCAUUAAAGCCUAAAUUUGCAGAGUCCAAAGAAAUUUCGGAAUUGUCACAUAACUUUGUGAUGGUCAACGUAGAGGACGAAGAGGAGCCAAAAGAUGAAGCUUUUAGCCCAGACGGUGGCUACAUUCCUAGAAUAGUUUUUCUGGACCCCAGUGGUACUGUUCGUCCAGAGAUAAUAAACACCGCUGGAAACCCAAGUUACAAGUAUUUCUACAGUACUGCUGAACAUGUUGUCCAGGGAAUGAAGGAUGCUCAGGAGAAACUCACCGGGGACUCCUUUAGAAAACGAAUGGACGAAUUAUAACCAUUAAGUUCUGCUGCGAUGGGGGCUACUAA